AUGGAUGAUAUCAUUGCUGUGCGUCGUCUAGGUUUUGGCGCGGAGAAUCUAUCUCGACGAGAACUUAAAAGAUAUGGAAUUUCCUGUGAUCUGCCUACCGCCGGAACUAUCAGCUACAAGUGCUUCGAGCACAAACUCUGUAGCAGUGCCAGAACGCCAAUCUCGGGGAGUCGUGGUCGCUCUAGUAUCAGUGAUGGUGCUAAGAAAUCCACGCCACGAGCUCAUUCUGACGUUUUUCUGUGGUCUCAACCUAAAAGGAACAGCGAGCUUGACAACAUUGAGGACAGUGCUGCCGUGAACGAAAACCAGAGUAUACAGAGCGAUCAUCAAUUGUUGCAUCUCGACAUCGUGCACCCUGAUGAUUGUAAAUACAAAAGCCUUCGUCAGAGUGGUUUCGAUCCUGAGGUAAUGGCUCCACUUCUGUUUUACAUGAAGCGAGUAACUUCGGAGCUCGCGAACUGUAUCAACCUUGGUCACAACACGAAACAGGCUUGUGGUACGCUAAAGCAAACGUUUCCAACGAUAUUACUACUUCGAAGUAUGUAG